CAUAGAACGAGACCAAGCCCCACGUGCCCGGGGGGGUAAAGCUGUAGUGUACCGCGGAACAUUAUUGUCGGAGGGAACAGCCGUGGCGGUAAAAACUGUUAUUGGUGCCACGGAAGUUAACAUGAAGGAUAUGAAGCAAGUCCUUCGAGAGGCACAUGUCUGGUCGAAGCUAGAUCAUCCGAAUGUCCUCCCCCUACUUGGAAUAACCACCGAAUUUGAUCUCACAGUGUCCAUUGUAACUACAUGGAUGGGAAGGGGCAAUGCUCGCUGUUUUGUACAAGAACGACACAACGAUCCCCGUCCCCUGAUUGGGGACAUUGCUGCGGGACUUAGUUACCUGCACAGUCAUCCCAAAGGUCCAAUAAUUCACGCCGACUUGAAAGGGGACAACGUAUUGAUAGCCCAAGACGGUCGGGCUCUUCUUACAGAUUUUGGACUCUCCAUUCAUCUUAAUUCAUCCUUCACCAUGACUACACACCUUCCAUGUGGGGGCUCCUUGCGCUGGAUGGCUCCAGAGCUGGCAGAUUCAACUGAAGGCAUGCAUGCCACUGUUGAAAGCGAUAUUUGGUCCUUUGGUAUGACGACAUUGGAACUUUUCACUGGGCAAGUGCCAUACUCUCAGGCAUUUCAACUUCCCGCUGGGAAAGCGCCGUCAUUUAUGGCCAUUCGGAACCGCAUUCUAAAAGGGCCGCCGGAACGGCCAUCAGACGAGGACACCCAUUUUCGUAUGACAGACGAAUGGUGGGCGCUAUGCUCACGUUGUUGGGCG